GGUCUCUGCCGAGGGCUGCCGUUGAGCCGCGUCGGGCUUGGCGAUGGAGGGCGGCGGUUCCGUGUCCAACGUGGAGCUCUGCAACUUGGCCUACGCGGGGCAGCUGGACGAGGUGAAGGAGCGCCUGGCGGCCAACCGGAGCUUGGCGACGCGCGCCGAUCAGGAUAACAGGACAGCCCUGCACUGGGCAUGUUCAGCUGGACACGCGGACAUCGUCAACCUCUUGCUAGAUCUGGGAGUUCCCGUUAAUGACAAAGAUGAUGCUGGCUGGAGUCCUCUGCAUAUUGCAGCAUCGGCUGGUCGAGAUGAGAUUGUGAAAGCGCUGAUCAAGAAAGGCGCCCAGGUGAACGCUGUCAAUCAGAACGGCUGCACGCCUCUGCAUUACGCGGCCUCGAAGAACAAGCAGGAGAUCGCACAGAUGCUGUUAGAGCAUAAAGCGAAUCCAGACGCCAAGGAUCACUUGGAAUCGACUCCACUCCAUAGAGCAGCAGCCAAAGGAAAUCUAAAAAUGAUCCAGAUCCUUUUGAAGCACAAAGCCUCGGUCAACCUACAGGAUUCAGAGGGAAACACUGCUCU